ACACCUACUGCAAACCCCACCCACGUCACCGAGUCCCCGCCUCGCUCUUUUCAGUCGUGACUCGCCGCUCUCAAAGGAAAGGAAGAAACACCGGGGCUCGGUGUGCUUGUAAGCAGUUGCAGGUUCGGGUUGUACGUAGUCUGAUCGCGCUGUUAUGUGUUCCCGUUAUUUCGUGGGUGCUCGUCCCUCGCAGUUAUGGUGAGCCCGGAGGAUGGACCCGGACGACGUGUCAGUGAGGGAGCAGAUAUUCCACAACAGGGUCCGGGAGAGCAUCAUCUGUACCCUUCUCUUCACCUGCCUCUACAUCGUCUCCUACACGAUCAUCACUCGCUUCAAGAAAAGCGCAGACUUCGCUACAGAUGACAGCGAGGAUGCGACUGUCAACAGAAUUGCGCUGUGGCUGUGCACCUUCACUCUGGCCGUGUCCGUGGGAGCGGUGCUGCUCCUGCCCUUCUCUAUCCUCUCCAACGAGAUCCUGCUCUACUUCCCCCAGAACUACUACAUCCAGUGGCUCAACGGCUCCCUCAUCCACGGGCUCUGGAACCUGGUGUUCCUCUUCUCCAAUCUCUCCUUGGUCUUCCUGAUGCCAUUCGCCUACUUCUUCACUGAGUCCGAGGGGUUCGCUGGAUCCAAGAAGGGUGUGAUGGCGCGGGUGUACGAGACCUCCGUUGUGCUGCUGCUCCUGACCCUGCUGGUGCUGGGGAUCGUGUGGGUGGCGUCGGCCAUCAUGGACAACAACGCUGCCAGCCGGGAGAGCCUAUACGAUCUGUGGGAUUACUACCUGCCCUAUCUGUACUCCUGCAUCUCUCUGUUCGGAGUCCUGCUGCUGCUGCUGUGCACCCCGUUUGGACUCUCCCGCAUGUUCAGUGUCACAGGGCAGCUUCUCGUCAAGCCCAGGCUCCUUGAGGAUCUUGACGAAACCCUCGACUGUGUUGGCUUUGAGGAGAUGGCUCUCUCCCGGAAACUCAGCGGGAACACGUCUUGUUGGAUAAACUUGAACGUAGAGGCGUUGAAGCAGCAGUUCCUCGCCAUCCAGGCCAGACGCAUCGCCCUGGAGAUGCGGAGGAGGGCGUCUCCAUGGCAACGCAAUCUGGGUUACCCACUCGCCAUGCUGCUGUUACUGGCGUUGACGGGCGUGUCAGUGCUGAUAGUUUGUUUCCAUGUGUUGGAGUUGCUGAUUGAUGAGGCAGCCAUGCCCAGAGGAAUGGAGGACCCCGGCCUGGGAAAGGCCUCCUUCUCUGUGUUCGGCUCCUUCGGGGCAGCAGUGCAGGUCGUGCUCAUCUUCUACCUGAUGGUGUCCUCUGUGGUUGGGUUCUACAGCUCCCCUCUCUUCAUCAAACUGCUGCCCAGGAAACAGGACACUGCAAUGACCAAGAUCAUUGGGAACUGCGUGUCCCUGCUGGUCCUGAGCUCGGCACUGCCCGUCUUCUCUCGAACUCUGGGCAUCACUCGUUUUGACCUGCUGGGAGAUUUCGGCCGGUUUAACUGGCUGGGGAAUUUCUACAUCGUCUUCCUGUACAACAUGCUGUUCGCUGGACUCACCACCAUGUGCCUCGUCAACAAGUUCACCUGGGCCGUGCAGGCCGAGCUCAUCCGGGCCUUCGGUCUUCACAAGCUGCCACUGCCAGUAUCGCGAGCCAGGAAUUCCACCAAACUCAUUUCAGCCAGUGGGCUUUUGAAGGUCCAGUAAUGCCACCAAAGACCUCCGUUACCUAGCAACAUCUCAUCUGAGCCAAGGACAGAUUGCUACAGUGUUGCCAAUCUGCCCAGACAUUUUUAUGAGGUACAGUCAGUAGGAGCUUAGCCAAUGAGAUUGGAGACCGUACAGGUGGUUGACCAAUCAUAUACUGGAGACUUGGACCAGUGCUGUUCAUUUUGGAAUCUGUUAAAUCUGCCUUGCUAUUGGAGGAUUUCAGUCCUGAGAUCAGGAAGUGUUCAGUAAUCUUUGGGCAAAGACAAAAGUUGAUGGAUUUAAGAGAAGAAAAUGAAAGGACACCCACACCUGGGGACUUGUGCCUGUCUGAAUCCAGCCUGAGCCCCCACCCCCAAUAGGAAUAACUGUUCUUUUGUGACACUAAAUGCUGGCCAUUCAACUACUGUUCACGGGUGGGUGAUGGAUUCUGUACCAAACUCAAGGAGAUAGCAACAGACUUCUGGAAUGUGUUUUUAAACUACAGACUGCUCACACAAUCGUAUAUAAGCCCUGCUCCCAGCAACCCCAAUCACUAUGCAGGCAGUCCAGACCUUCUUCAACCAGAAACUGCUGUAGCGCAUUACAGACCACGUCACAUGAGAGCUGUGUACCCAUGUGCAUUGCUCUGUGUACAUCACACUGCACGGGUGGACUCAUUACUGGACUGAGUGGGGCAUGAUGGGACUUGUAGUUCAUUCCAUUCCUGUCUGGCAGCCCCAUGGACCAAGGUCACAAGAGGAGGGAAAGGGGGUGUCCAAAAAGAAUGCCGGAUUUUAUUUUAAAAAUGGAGAUAGACCAGGCUCUCCGAGAAACAGGGUCAGCCCCCAUGUUUCUAAACCUUUUAACGAGAAAGUGGAAAUGAAGCAGUGGGAUUCGUUGCUUUCUGAUCCAAGCAAAAUGGAGAUAGACCAGGCUCUCCGAGAAACAGGGUCAGCCCCCAUGUUUCUAAACCUUUUAACGAGAAAGUGGAAAUGAAGCAGUGGGAUUCGUUGCUUUCUGAUCCAAGCAGGGCCACACAUGCUGGAAACAAGAUUUUUAAAAAUGUGAUUUAUUAAAAAAAAUAAAAAAAUAAAAUAAAAAGGACUCUCAACCAAAUCCUGGAUCCCAACGAAAACACUACAUUGUGUUUUAUUUUGUUAAAAAAUUCGACAGACUAACCAUCGUCAUGGGAAAGAGCCAAUCCACCGGUCACAUGAACUGCCUGUGGCGGGUAUUAUUGGAUGGACAAUCUUGUGUGACCACUAAAACUGUGAAAUGUUUACAUUGACAAUGAGCCGUGCAAUAGAGUAAAAGGGGAGGGUAGAUUGUGGCUAGUUUUGUGUGUAACGUUUAGUUUUUUUUGUAUGAUAUAUUUUUUGUGUUUUUUCGGAUCCGUUCUUACUCUUGUGUGUGAUGUCUGCAUUGGUGGUGUUGUUGAAUGCUGGUCACUGUGAAAGUGUGAUUUACUACGGAACAGAAAAGCUGCUUGGUAAUUAACUAUGUGUGUGACGUUUGCCAUAGUGCUGUGCCACAAUCUUGAUUGCUACAGUGAUAGCCUUUGGUCAAUGUUGCCAUAGUGCUGUG